AUGAAGAUCUUCCAGGACAUUUGGCCUAUAUCCUGGCCCUCGCAGAUCCUAGCUAUACUGCCAUUCUAUAGUCGAGACGUGGAGGAUAGCUUUCGCUUGGGAGGAUUGGGUCGCUGGUAUGGACGUCUGGUGGCCCUGAUUACACUGCUUAGCUCAUUGACACUCGGCAAGGAUGUGCUCUUCGCCUCCAGGGAGUACAGAUUGGUGGCCAACGCCCAGGGUGACACCGAGGAGAUCAACAGGACCAUAGAGACGCUUCUGUGCAUCAUCAGCUAUACAAUGGUGGUACUAUCGAGUGUCCAGAAUGCAUCCAGACACUUUCACACUCUGCGCGAUAUUGCCAAAAUCGAUGAGUUCCUGCUGGCCAACGGUUUCCGGGAGAACUACAGUUGUCGCCAUCUGGCCAUCCUGGUCACCUCUGGAGCAGCAGGUGUCCUUGCUGUGGCCUUUUACUAUAUUCACUAUCGCAGUGGCAUUGGCCUCAAAAGGCAGAUCAUCCUGCUCGUGAUCUACUUCCUCCAGCUGCUAUACUCCACUCUAUUGGCCUUGUACCUCAAGACACUGAUGAUGAACUUGACACAAAGAAUUGUAUUUCUUAAUCAGAAACUGGACACAUUUAAUCUUCACAUGGACAACUGGCGUGAGUUGAGUAAUCUGAUAGAGGUGCUCUGCAAAUUUCGCUACAUCACCGAAAAUAUAAAUUGCGUGGCCGGAGUUUCGUUGCUAUUCUACUUCGGUUUCUCCUUCUAUACGGUCACAAAUCAGAGUUACUUGGCCUUUGCCACAUUGACCGCCGGCUCGUUGAGAUCCAAAGAAGAAGUGGCUGAUACCAUUGGAUUGUCAUGUAUCUGGGUUUUGGCCGAAACCAUCACUAUGACUGUAAUUUGCAGUGCAUGUGACUGCCUGGCAUCGGAGGUGAAUGGUACGGCACAGAUCCUGGCGAGGAUUUACGGAAAGAGCAGGCAGUUCCAGAACCUCAUCGACAAGUUUCUAACGAAGAGCAUCAAACAGGAUCUUCAGUUCACCGCCUACGGAUUCUUCUCCAUCGACAACUCCACUCUCUUCAAGAUCUUCUCGGCAGUUACGACCUAUCUGGUGAUUCUCAUUCAGUUUAAGCAGCUGGAGGACUCCAAGGUGGAGGACAUUAGCCAGGCUUAA